UUGAUGAAGACUUUGAUCAGUCUCAUCUCAACUGAACUCAAGGCAACGAACUGAGUUGGAAUGUGGAAAAAGUGUUUUGGCAGCGGAAGCAUUAGGCGGUCGCUGAAGGAGAAGAAGUGGGACGUGGUGGUUAUCGGUGGAGGCCACAAUGGAUUGACAGCUGCAGCUUAUUUGGCGCGUGGAGGCCUUUCAGUCGCCGUGCUGGAGCGACGCUACAUCAUCGGUGGAGCUGCCGUUACUGAAGAACUCAUCCCAGGCUUCAAAUUCUCACGCUGCAGCUACCUCCAAAGCCUUCUCCGUCCCUCCGUCAUCAGGGAGUUAGAGUUGAAGAGACAUGGCUUGAAGUUGUUAAAGCCAACCGCUUCCUCGUUUUCACCGUGUCUUGAUGGGCGUUACCUUCUUUUAGGAUUUGACGAGGAGCACAAUUACUCUGAGAUUUCCAAAUUCUCAAAACGUGAUGCGGAUGCUUAUCCAAGAUAUGAAAGUCAGCUAAAUAAAUUCUGCAAAUUCAUGAAUUUUCUUGUGGAUUCUCCUACACCCGAAACUUUGUGUGGGCCUGGGGAUUCAUCUUUGAAUUUGAAUGAUCGUUUGAGGGAUAAGUUGGAAAAAUCUGUUUUCUGGACUCGUUGCCUGCGUCAUGUCUUGCAAUUGGGGCAAAAGGAUAUGGUGGAAUUUGUGGACCUCUUAUUAUCCCCAACAUCCAAGGUUUUGAAUAAGUGGUUUGAGUCAGAUUUACUGAAGGCAGCAAUUGCAGGAGAUGCUAUUGUUGGGAGUAUGGCCAGUAUCCAUGCACCCGGGAGUGGAUAUGUUCUGCUACAUCAUGUGAUGGGUGAAACUGAUGGUGAUCGUAAUGUUUGGUCGCAUGUUGAAGGUGGGAUGGGUUCGAUAUCCUUGGCCAUAAGUAAAGCUGCCAGGGAAGCUGGGGUGCAUAUUCUCACAAACGAGGAGGUUUCACAGAUAAUGAUUGGAGACUCUGGAAAAGUUAAUGGGGUAUUACUGAUUGAUGGGACACAAGUGCAUUCUUCAAUUGUUUUGUCGAAUGCAACCCCUUGUAAGACUUUCAUCGGAUUGGUGCCUCAAGAUGUUCUUCCUGACGAUUUUCUCCGUGCUAUCAAGUACUCAGACUACAAAUCUGGAGUUACCAAAAUCAAUGUCGCCGUUGAUAAAUUGCCCCACUUCCAUUGUUGCAAGUCAAGUCAGCUCGAGGUUGGUCCUCAGCAUACAGCAACUAUUCACAUUGGUGCCGAAAGUAUGGAUGAGAUUGGCUCAGCUUGUCAAGAUGCUUGGAAUGGUUUACCAUCUCGAAGACCUGUUAUGGAGAUGACAAUUCCUUCUUCAUUGGACAAAACUAUUUCUCCCCCUGGUAAACAUGUGGUUAGCUUAUUCACACAAUAUACACCAUAUAAACCUUCAGAUGGUAGCUGGGAAGAUCCUGUGUACAGAGAGUCAUAUGCACAAAAAUGUUUUAGCUUGAUUGAUGAACAUGCCCCUGGCUUUAGCUCAUCAGUAAUUGGGUAUGACAUGUUGACACCGAUAGAUCUCGAAAGGGAAUUUGGUCUGACAGGGGGAAACAUUUUUCAUGGUGCUAUGGGUUUGGAUUCACUUUUUUUGAUGCGACCUGUAAAAGGAUGGUCAGGUUAUAGGACUCCAGUAGAAGGGCUGUACAUGUGUGGUAGUGGAUCACAUCCUGGAGGAGGUGUGAUGGGUGCACCUGGUCGUAAUGCUGCUCAUGUUGUUCUGCAGGAUGUUAAGAAGCAAUCUCGUUACGUACUUAAUAAAUCUUGAGUUAUUUGAAUUCGAUAAUGGUUGUAAAUGAUUUGACAGAUAGUAUUUAGUUGCUGUUCUGUUUUGCUUUUGCAGGACCUCACUUGUGUUUUGCAGGGUUCCUUUAAUAUUGCAGUUUGAAAGUUCAUCUUUAGGGACUGUUUUAUUAGUUUAAUUAAGGGAUAAAAAAUGUGUUACUUAAAAG